GCCCCAGGAGGGUUCAGGGAUGGCUGGGGGUGAGGAGUCUCAGGAACGUCCCCAUCUCUUACCUGACUCCAAGCUGUGUCUGGGUGCCUUAUUUUGUACAUCUUCCCAGCUCUCCUGCCAGGGAACCGUGGUGGCUCCCCCAACCCCACCUCACAGGCAGAGGGAAGGAACUUCUGGGCUGAGCACGUGAGCGGUGGAGGCAGGAGUGGAAGGGGUCCCCAGCUCCCGGCCAGCGUUCUCCCGUCAUCAGCAGCUGCAUCUUUGUCAUCACCGUCAUCAACAUCAGUUUUUUGCAUUUUACCUGCAAUGCAAUGAUUCGUGGUGGUUGCCAUGAUCACUCAGCAGUGGCCUGGUGAGGAAGGUACCAGUAUUGUCAUCUCCAUUUUGCGGAUGAGAAAACAGGUUCAAAAGGGAUAUUCUGGGAGGUGACAGAGCUGAGGCUGAGAGCCAGGCCUUGCCACCCCAAACAUACAGGUUUAACCAGCACAUUUUUCAUGGCCUCAUGCAGAGGCCAGGCACUGCCGAUAGCCAGUGAGGGCUGAGAGCUCCGAGGAGCAGGGUCAGAGAGCCUCGGGGGCUCAGUGUAGGCCUGGAGGGAUGGGGAGAGCCUGGGGGUCCCAAGUUGAGCAGGGUGAUAUGGCAGGAGAAGGAGACUCAAAGCCAGAGGCUGGGGACCGGGUGAGCCAGGGACCUGGAGCCAGUCAGACUCAAGUUAGAUUUCCAGCUUUGUCACUGCUGUUGUGUGACCCCCAAGCUCAGCAGCCUCCCAACCCCCCGGCAGCUCUGCAGCCUGCAGUUCUUCAGCUGGGGAAGAGAAAUAACAACCCUUCUUGAUGCUGUGGCCCUGCGUCUUCCCAGGUGACCACGCCGGCUUCAGGACAUGCACGGACACAGCCGCAACGGCCAGGCCCACGUGCCCCGGCGGAAACGCCGCAACCGCUUCGUCAAGAAGAACGGCCAAUGCAACGUGUACUUUGCCAACUUGAGCAACAAGUCGCAGCGCUACAUGGCGGACAUCUUCACCACCUGCGUGGACACACGCUGGCGCUACAUGCUCAUGAUCUUCUCCGCGGCCUUCCUCGUCUCCUGGCUCUUUUUUGGUCUCCUCUUCUGGUGCAUCGCCUUCUUCCACGGUGACCUGGAGGCCAGUCCAGGGGUGCCCGCGGCGGGGGGCCCAGCGGGUGGCAGCGGGGCGGCCCCAGCAGCCCCCAAGCCCUGCAUCAUGCAUGUGAAUGGCUUCCUGGGUGCCUUCCUGUUCUCUGUGGAGACACAGACGACCAUCGGCUACGGGUUCCGGUGCGUGACGGAGGAGUGCCCGCUGGCGGUCAUCGCCGUGGUGGUCCAGUCCAUUGUGGGCUGCGUCAUCGACUCCUUCAUGAUUGGCACCAUCAUGGCCAAGAUGGCACGCCCCAAGAAGCGGGCACAGACGCUGCUGUUCAGCCACCACGCGGUCAUCUCGGUGCGCGAUGGCAAGCUCUGCCUCAUGUGGCGUGUGGGCAACCUGCGCAAGAGCCACAUCGUGGAGGCCCAUGUGCGGGCCCAGCUCAUCAAGCCCUACAUGACCCAGGAGGGCGAGUACCUGCCCCUGGACCAGCGGGACCUCAACGUGGGCUAUGACAUCGGCCUGGACCGCAUCUUCCUGGUGUCACCCAUCAUCAUCGUCCACGAGAUUGACGAGGACAGCCCGCUCUACGGCAUGGGCAAGGAGGAGCUGGAGUCGGAGGACUUCGAGAUCGUGGUCAUCCUGGAGGGCAUGGUGGAGGCCACCGCCAUGACCACCCAGGCCCGCAGCUCCUACCUGGCCAGCGAGAUCCUGUGGGGCCACCGCUUUGAGCCCGUGGUCUUCGAGGAGAAGAGCCACUACAAGGUGGACUACUCGCGUUUUCACAAGACCUACGAGGUGGCCGGCACGCCCUGUUGCUCGGCCCGGGAGCUGCAGGAGAGUAAGAUCACCGUGCUGCCCGCCCCACCACCGCCUCCCAGUGCCUUCUGCUACGAGAACGAGCUGGCCCUCAUGAGCCAGGAGGAAGAGGAGAUGGAGGAGGAGGCGGCUGCAGCGGCUGCAGUGGCCGCGGGCCUGGGCCUGGAGGCGGGCUCCAAGGAGGAGGCGGGCAUCAUCCGGAUGCUGGAAUUGGGCAGCCACCUGGACCUGGAGCGCAUGCAGGCCUCCCUCCCGCUGGACAACAUCUCCUACCGCAGGGAAUCUGCCAUCUGACCUCCAGGCCCAGCCACGCCACUGCCCGCAAGAGCCUCUGCCGGGCGUGGGAUGCCAGGAUACCCCCUCCACACUCAGGACAGAGCUGACCCUGGCUCCCUGGACCUUCUGGAGGAAGGUGGGGUUUCAAAGACUGGGGGACCCCUUCCUCCUGACCCCAGCACCCAGGCCUGGGAAGAGCUCGGCCCCAUCAGCCUGAGUUCCCCCAGCGCCUACUCCUGGUGGCUCUGGGUCCCGGACCCACCACCCUUCCCCCACUGACUCUUCACGGACGUGCCCUCUUUGCUCUCAGAACCUUGGGGAAGGUGGCUGGACCACUGGGUGAGGGACAUCUCGGGGUUUCAGGGCGGGCAGGGGGUGAGUUUGGGGAGGGAGGGAGGGGGGUGCGUUUCUUUUGCAUGACUGUGGCCUGUUGCUCAUGACUUUCUUUUGUAAAUAUCUAUAAAUGGAGACAGAUGGAGACACCAAA